GAGUGUUGGGUGGAUUGGCUAUUCGAGUCUUCACGUCUCGAUAUAUCUAAUCAAUUUUGUAUACCAAUGCUGCGCGGCGUGCACACAACACUCUUGUGUUUUCCUGUUCGUGCAGAGUGGAGGUGAAGGACGGCGACAAUAAGAACCCGUUCUUCAUGUGCAUGGGCGUCUGCUUCCUGCUGGUUGUCCUCCUGGUCGUGCUCGCUGCAUUCAUCGUGCAGUACGUCAGACCCAAUCUCUCUAUGGACGGCACUGCUGAGGACGGGCCAAAGUGCCAGGCGGCGCUGGAGUUGACAGCCUGCAACUCCGAGACGGAGCAGUACUUCUUCCACCAUGACUCGGACAGACAGGUCUGCUUGGUGCGGUGGCAGCUUGACCCUGGCUGUCUUCAGGGAAAGAACCGCUUUGCCAGCGCAUCCGAGUGCCGGGAGCGCUGCGUCGGGAACUCUUCAGGCAAAGAAGCAAAGCAGAGUGAGCCAUUCUUAAAGUGAAUAG